AGUACUGUGAAGAGAAAGAAAUAACCAUGGCAUUAUGCAGUGUUAUAAUGACCAGAGUUGGAUCAAGUGAUCAGCAGUAACCUUGCUCUUCAGCACUUUGCAGCUUCAUGGAAAGUCUCCAGUAAAAACAUAUAACUGGAGUUGGGAUUAUAGGGGGAAAAAACUGGAAUCAAAUCCACUGUAAAGGUGUAAAAGGAAGUGUGAAGUUAAUUUCUUUCCAAAUAAUUGUUAUGUUUUACAUAUGUGUGGAGGAGAGAAAUUGUUAUAUGUUAUGUUAUAUGUUAUAUGUCAUAUGUUCACAUGAAGUGUUGAAACUCCUGUAAGAGAUGUGAGGGAGAGUCAGAGCAGGAGGAGGUGACAGUGCAAUUUGCCUGGAGGGCACCCAUAAACCUGGAGUGGAAGAGAGAGUGCACCACUCCUUACAAGUUACUGUACCACGUGACUUUGAGAGCUUUAAAAAGCGGGCUGACCUGUGUUUUAGAGGUACAAGUAAUCACAAGACACCAGAGGAGUUAGAGGAGAAGAAUACCUGGGCUGUCGGCACAGCAUCAAAUACCGACAGUCCCGCAAAACAAGGGACAAAACACGCACCCAGGGAGCGUGUCGAGUUAUUCGCAGACACACCAUCUUCCAAGUAGGAAGAUUUUGCUUACGCUCGUUCAGUGUCCACGUCAUUGACACAAUGAGCUGCAGCAGUGUUGCAGGAUCAGAAUUCUCUGAGGAAGAGCUGGAGCUUGGUGUGCUGGACCAAGAGGAGGAAAGUCCCAAGGCAUCUUUCCAAGAUAGUGAAAGCUCAACCAGCAGUCCAAGUGACCCAAAUGAAGGCCAGACCAAGAAGCGCAAUCGACCCGUCCGCUCAAAAGCUCGAAGAAUGGCUGCAAAUGUCCGUGAGCGAAAACGCAUAAUGGACUACAACCAGGCAUUUAAUGCUCUACGUGUUACUUUAAAUCAUGACCUGAGUGGCAAACGGCUCUCCAAGAUCGCAACACUGCAGAGGGCCAUCAACCGCAUAUCUGCUCUCUCAGUUUUUUUGAGCUCCAAUCCUCCCAGCAAGCCCUGCGCUCACUGGGAGUGCAACAGGUCAUCUCUGGGGCCAGCUGCAGCAGGAGCAUCUCAGCUUGAACAGCGCAGGGUAACAGUUUCUUGUCUGCAGCAUCGAAGUUACGUCCCCUGGCACGCGUCCCUCUCUCACCAUAUGCAGCCACAACAAGGGCCUCAUAUGCACAAGGUGUCCACAGAGCCACACAUCAACAUGGAUAACACUGUGUCAUCAUGUCCUCCGUCACCACACUACCCUUGUUAUCCCACUGAGGGACAGCUGUAUGCCUCAUACCGACACUGUGGCAGCCCCAACGACCAUCCGCCCAGCCCUCUACGAUACCCUCAGGUGGGUGAGGGGUUGGGGUACCAGCCAGGGAUGUGGGCAUCCUGCACUCAGAAAUACAUGGACACUUUGAUGGAGCCUCCUCCAGCUCUGGGGAUACCCUGGCAGGUGAGCUACCUGCAAGAGCCAGAGCACAGCCUCUCUCUGGGCUCUGACAUAUUGUAAUGGGUUAGAUUCACCACUGUGAAUCCUCAAGACUGCUUGGAACACCACUGGACUGUUGAAUAAUCUCAGAAAGAAAGGGUUUUUAUGUUUCUACUGUUGGAAUCAACUCAGUAUUGCAGUAACAUUCUCUUAUUUUUGAGCAAAGUCAUGAUAAAGUAAUAAACAGAUACAGAUAAAAGUGCAAUGGCAAUCAACACUGCAGAGUGUGCUACCUAGCUGGAAAUGUAUUUUGAUGUUACAUUUUAAAAUAUUAAUGUUUCUCUGUCUGCUUGUUGAUAAUUCACCCACAUAGUUAUGUUCUACUUGUUUAGUUGUCAUUGUUUGGCAUUAUGUAUAAUUAUUGAGCUGGAAUAUUGGAGCUUAUUUUACACUACUAAAUGUGUACUAUAUGAAACAUAAAUACUUGUAGCCGAGUAAGGGCAUAAAGAGCAAUUAUUGGACUGAUCAUAAAAGACAGGGCAGUUUACAUAUGUGCUACACUGUGAUGCAACUUGUCCUUACAUUACGUUUUCUUUCAGCUAUUUCUACCAUCUUGUGACUAAGAUUUGAACCCAAAGCAUAUGUAUUUAUUUUCU